UUUGCCCCCUUCAAAUCAAUCUCAGCCAACUAACACCCUACUCAGUAGAGAUAAAACGUUAUAUCAGCGUUUUUCUCCAUUCAAACAGAUCAUAAUCGAUCAAUAUAAAUUAAAAGAUCAUUAAAAAUCGCUUUAUUUAUCGAUAUUAUAUCUUGUGAUGAGAAGUGAACGCUCAAGUAUGAGCCUGAUCGAAAACAAACUAACUCUAAUUUGUUUAUUUAUCCUGACGAUUCAUUUCGGAGAAGCUUUAACAACAAUCAAGGAUGAAGAUAUUCCAGAAUUACAGUUCAUGGAUACCACGGUAGACCCAUGCGAAAAUUUCUACCAAUACACUUGUGGAAAUUUCAAAAAACAUCAUCCCCUAGGCAAAGAGAGGGUUGUGGAUGAGUUCACUGUGUUAACAGAGAAAAUAUGGAAGUUCAUGAUAUAUACUCUAAAAACCACGAAUGAAACACAAGGAUCUGAAGCUUUGAACAAAGUAAAAACAGCCUUUGAAUCGUGCCUAGACCUGAGAAUAACAGAUUCCAGGAAACCCUAUCCAGAGGUGAAAUUCCUGUACGAAGUUGGAGGGAUGCCUCUGUUCCAAACUCCGAAAACCCAACCGGUCUUCGGUUGGAAGGAAAUAGGGCGACUUACAGCUAAAUAUGGGGUACCACUACUCUUCAGGAUAACAGUAAUACCCUUCCCUAUAAGCGCCACAGACAAUCUGAUAAGGAUGGAGGAAGAUACGUUUUCCAACCCCAGCAUGGCACAUCCCCACCAUAAACAGUACUUACUGAAACUCCUUUCUUCAGACUUGAGAAGCUACUUGACAGAACUGGAAGGAGAAGACAGACCAUUCGGUAUAUUCCUUCAAAAAGUGUUCACUCUUUUAAGAGACCACAUCAAUGUUGACGUAACAGAUGAGGAUAUAGAUAAGGGCAUUAAAGAAAUCGUAAAAUUCAUGAGAGACAUCCAAAACUUCGCUGGUGUCCCAGAUGACGCAAAUAUAACACCACUAACCACCACAACUGUCAUAGGAGAUUUGCAGCAGUGGACUGACCAGCAAUUCCCUGAUAAGUCACCAAUAGACUGGAUAGAGUACCUGGAUAAAGUAUUCGGUGAAGCCGGGGUUAAGAUGACCAACACCACCAACAUUUACGUGAACAGCACCUACGUUUACAACGUCUUGAACGUGGUUAGAAAUACGCGUCCAGAUGUUGUGAAAAAUUUCAUUCUGAUGCGUAUUCUUCUGUUCUCGGCUAUGGACAGCCAUUGGCAGAUCAGGCAGGCGUUGGAAGACUAUUACAGGGUUAAAAAUUUAACGCUUUACUCGAGGGAGGAAUAUUGUGUAAGACAAUUGAUAGACAUCGAACCAUCUGAUAUGGUUGUUGGUUUGAGCUUGGCUUCCGGUAGAAUUUAUGCAGACAAUGACAAUGGAAAGGAUAGAUUGACGAAGGCUGGAACAAUGAUUAAGGAUUUAUCAGAUACCUUAUCCACUAUCCUUUCGAACUCUGCAUGGAUGGAUGCCUCUUCCGAAACCGCCUCGUUGAAGAAGGCAAAGAAAAUCGUAGACCUUGUCGGUCUACCUGAGUUCGUUAGUAACAACACGCUGUUAGAUGAACUAUACGUAGGCCUCAAGAUCAAAAAGUGGGACAAUUACGGAAACAGCCAAAGACUGAGGGCUUUCAAGCAGGCCUACAUGUUCUCGCAAAUGGGGAGACCAAGAAACAGAGCCCACUGGGAUAGGUCUCCAUUUGAAACCAACGCUUAUUACAACAGGGCCAACAACAAAAUCACUAUACCCUUCGCCAUGUUGAAUCCAGUGUUUUUCGAUGGGAAACUGAGUCUCAUGGAUUAUUCUAGAUUGGGGGCCUUGGUUGGCCAUGAACUAACCCAUGGAUUUGACAAUUCUGGGAGACAAUACGAUGGUAAUGGCACAAUGAACGAUAUAUGGACGAAGGAAACGCUGGAUGCUUAUCGGGAAAAAAUAAAGUGUUUCAAACAACAAUAUGGCAGAUAUUUCGUCGAAGAAUUGAACAGAACUGUAGAUGGAUCAGUUAGCCUGAAUGAAAACCUGGCUGAUAAUGGAGGAGUGAGGAUAUCAUACGCAGCUUCAAAAAAAUUCUUCGACAGUUUUCGUAUGGAUUCGAAGAAAUUCACUGCAGAACAAUUGUUUUUCAUAGGUUUUGGGACAACAUUCUGUUCGACCGAAACAACAGAGUAUCUUGAAUACAGCCUCAACAAAGGUUACUCUCCUUCCAAAUACAGGGUGAUAGGUGCUCUGUCCAACAUGGAAGAGUUUUCCAGAGCUUUUAAUUGUUCCAAAGGCAGCUUUAUGAAUCCUGAAGCCAAGUGUUUCUUGUGGUGAGACGUAAAAUACCGUUAUAAAUGUACUUGAAUAUUUUUUUAGUUAAAUUAUACUCAGAGUUU